CAAUGCUCGUAGUUGCUUAACCAAUAUACUGUACUAAGGAAAUAGUGAUAAAAAGCUUCUAAUAGUUUUAAUUACUAAUGUUACACUUGAAUUUUUUUGGAUUACAACCAUCACAUCACAAAAAACGUGUGUGCCAAAAAUCAUAAACUACGGAGGCGCUACGGCCGCAGGGGACCGGUUAAUUCUUUUCAUAAAAUUUCAAUGUGUUCUGGAAAUGGUUUGCAAAGAGGACGUGGUAUCAUGGUUUAAAGAAUUGGAAAGCUAUAAACGCAUAGAUGCAAUGUGUACAUUACUAAAUAUGUGCUUGCCAUUUGAAUUACGCUUUAUUGGCACGUAUCUUGAAGAGCUCGGUAAGCGGGAUUUUCAGGAGUUGCGUGGUGCGGAACUAAGGGCAAAUAAUCCAACAGAUCUCGCGGCAGAUAUCGGAGGAGCAGACACAGACUCUAGGACGCGGCGGAAAAUGGCUUUAUAUGUUUCACUUUUACGGUCGUGUAAUUUCGCUUGUGCCACCACAUUGUACAAUGCAAUGGUCAGCUUAGAGCAGAGUGGUCUACUGAAAGGCUUAUAUGGGGAUCUGCUCGAAGAAAUACUUCUUUUAUAUACAAUGGCACUGCAUCAUCCAGCUUUUACAUUUGAUCAGAAGUCACACUUUGGUGAGAUACUGGAAAAGCUGAAAUUGGAAGAUCAGCGGAUACAGUACCAAGAACAGCAAGAUCAUAAUAUAAAUUUAGCUCCCGUGAGUGGUUGCCAUACUCAGUCUAGUAUCACUGCAAAUAUGUCAGUUCCACCGCCUAAUUUGUCUAGCUUGGUGCCACAGCCUGGUAUCAUGUUUGUUAAGACACCUGGGGUGCAGCCUCCCACGUCAGAUGGUGUUGCCGAACUGAGCUCUCCUCCAGUGUUAAGUGGUGCGGCAAACUUGGUGCCAAUAUUGGGCGAAGUGCCUCAUCCUCCUCCUGGGUUGCCAAUUCCACAGUACAAUGUUGGGGACUUCUUAGGUCAACACACAUGGCCUGCUAACAUCAUAGUCUCACCACUCAAUCAACCUUUAGAGGUAUUAAACUAUCAAGCUGGACCGGGUGGUGCAGGCGCUCCAGCGUCGCCUUUGAUGUCGUCGCCGGGUGACAGUCGCGCCGCGUCCCCGCGCUCGCGUCGGCGCCUGUCACGUGACCGCUCCCCGCCACUUGUGCCCCUACCGCCGCCGGAGACGUUACCGCACCUCGCAGCCACUUUCGACAAUCUUACUGUUUCUGAGAUGCGGCAUAAUGUCGGAGAGGAGAGACUACGUGAGAUAACCGCCAUGCACCAUCAGUACCGAUCACUCGAAAAACUAAACGGCGUUAGAAGACGCGCAGCCUAUUGUCCACAACCUCGGUCGUCGUCAGAUAGUGGCUCCAGUGCGGCGUCGUCACCGCCCAGCACGCCGGCGCCGCAGCCGCGCCGUGCGACACCUUCCAUGCCCCCCGGCCCCGCUCCCUCCGCGCCGCCCGUGCCCUACUUGCCCUACACGCGGCCCUACCCCUAUCCCACGCCCCCACCUGCCUAUCGACCUCCACCUCCGCCUUUCGCCAACGGGGAGCCGCCGCCGUAUCCCACGGCGGCGCCUUUCGCUGGUUUUGUUCCCGUACUGUAUGCGCCGCCUAAGCUAUCUUGCUGGAACUGUGGUGGUGCGGGCCACGCCGGCCAUGAGUGUAAAGAACCGAGUAUGGAAGAAAUGACUCGCGCUGGUGGUUACCAGUUAGAUUUCGGUGGUGCCCCUCCACCGGAAGCCGGUGACAAGUAGGAGAUCGCCUAGCGCCCGGCCCGGUAGGACGUGGCCCUGCCGGGACGGGGAGGUGAGCCGACGUGGAUACCCUUUAUCUUUCUUCGGAUCGUCCCCGCCGGAUGAUCCGAUAUCCGAAAUUGGGCUCGCGCCUCUGUGACCUGAGCCUAGUGCUUCGAUAUUCGGUCCGGCGUAUGAGGCCCGAUGAAAAACUAAGAGGGUUUCGAUAUUAGAUUGAUUUGUAUUCAUUAGGUGUGACCUUAGUGUAAAACUGCGCUUAUUGGGCUGACCUAAUCAAAGUAAAGAGUGUCGAGUUAAUUUGACAUUGAGUAUUUACACACUUUCAAUUCUGCAGUUUUUUAUGACCAAUAAGGGUAACUCCAUUUUUUCAUUGUCUCUACAUAUUAAGCAAACAUUGUUUUGGAUUUACUGAAAAACAUCAACUCUAAAAUUUCCAUUUCCGAUUUUCAAAUGUGCAAUUAGUAGUUAAUACGACAACGACAAGUACAAAAAUGUUUUAAAAUAAUAAUUCAUUCAAUUUAUUUUUAAUUACGUAUAUGUUUUUUUAAUUACAUUUACAACAUUUAAUACAAGCUGUAUAAUUGAAAGUGUGACGUUCACUUAUGAAAAUCUGACACUAAUUGUUUCGGCAUAUUUGCUAUAAAUUAGAGGGAAUUCCGUGUUAACUAAAAUAAAAUAAUGGAUUUACCGUAAAAAUAGUGAAUAAGGGCCCGCGCACGUCUGUCGAUAUAUAGCGCAGAGAUUUUUGAAUAACAGGAAAUAAAUAAACUGAACAAUUGGUCCUCGAGACUAGCAAAAUGGACAAGAAGUAUUACUACCAUACUUUGCAGAACAGGAACUGUUAUGAUUAUAUUAAAGGCAAAUUUCCCAUAUUAGGCCCACCUCAAUUGAUUGCUCGAGGCUUGCUAAAUCCUGCUCAAGCAUGCUCUGCGCUGCAAUUCGUCAGAUUAGCUCAGGUGCUGAGACGAUUUUUUCUGCAAUUUAUUUGGAGAAUUACUAUUAUUGUAAUAUUCUUAGAACAUUACAAAAUGUUAAUAAAAAGUAAAAAAAAAUGAUAUUUUUAAUUAAUAUUUUAAAUUCGAUUUUAUAUAAAAUAUGUAGUGACUUACUGAACAGUGCCAUAGUCAUUGCUACAAUUUGAGUGAUAAUUUAAAAUAAUUUUGUAUGAUGUUGUAUAUUUUGACUAAAAUACAAAUGCACUUUAACUAUUCUACUGAACAUAAUAAGAAUGGUUUUGUUUGAUAUAACAAGUUAUAAACAAUCGAAUGAGAAUUUUCGGAUUAAUCUCAUAUUGUAAAUAAGGCUUUAUUUCCUUAAGUACAAAUUAUUUGGAAAUAUUAUUUAAGUUUAAAUUAAGAUCUAUAUAUUAUAUUUAUGGAAUUCCCUGUAAUUUUUUAUGUCACUUCCGUAACAGUGUACGUAAUAUUUUAGUAAAGCAAGCAUUAAGCUACUGUGUAUAAAGUUCAAACUCAUAAUCUGACUGAAUAUAUAUGCUAAUGAAUUGUUUCCUUUGACCCAAGACUGAUUAAUGAACUAGCAAUGUAUUUCCAAAAUUUUUAAAACUUUGUCAUGGGGUUUGUACAGUUUUGGUUAUAGCGAGUUUCUAAAAUCAGAACUACGGAUUUAUCACUAAAGAUUCUUAGGUCUGACAGAAUGAUAAUAAAUUAUCGUAAUGACUGUACCCGCGUGUUUGUAUUUUGAAAUAUUUUAAAUAUAUUGAACAAGGGGUAACUGAUCAAGUUCAAGGUAUGGCAAAUGCUCUUAACGUUAUAAAAUUAGUGUUUAUAUUGAAGUCAUUGUAAAUAAUUACAAAUGUGUAAGAGAGAUGACACGUCGCUGGAUGUGAUCAUAUUUUGUAAAUAUUUUCGUUUAUAUAAUUAGUUGAUAUAUUUAGAGAUUGAUUAUAUUUGUAAAUUAAUUUGUAAUAAUUUGAGUGACCCGUAUAUUGUAUUUGAUUGUUUUAUAUGAUCACUGUCACAAAUCACAAUUUUGCAUUUUUUUAAAUCCCCGUUUUUAAGAAUAGUUGAAAUUAGAAGGAUUGUACCUAAAAUUGUUUUUUUUUUUUUCUUGCAUAAUUAUAUUUUUUUAAUCGAGUCGAAUGAGUCACACGCAUAGGUGGGCGGGUCUCAAUGGCCGAUUAUAAUAAUGACUAUUAAGUGAUCAAUAUUUUCUGUAUAUCAAUUGGUUGGUUCAAAGUUUUUGCGUGUUCUAUGUUGCAUUUAGCUUUCGAUUAUAGUUAAAUUAUCCGGUAGUUAUCGUACUAUAUGCCUUCUCAAGUGUAAAAUAUAACUGAAGAGAAUGUUCAUAAAACAUGUAUGUACAUAGUAGUUUAAUUUUAUAAAUUGAUAAUAAUAAUAAUAAUCAUUAGCACUAGUGUUUGAGAAAUAAACGCAAUCAAAUAAAUCGUUUUUUUAACCUUGCGAGUUACUCGGUUAAGUUAAAUGGCAAGGAUUACUAAAAAUCACUCCUUAUGAAGGUUGUAUGUCCAUAUAACGUAAAUCUUGUGUUAUUUAAUCUUAACAAUUUUAUUAUGAUAUUUAAAACAAAAUAAAAUAGAUUAAACAUAGUGAAAGUAAAUAAACAUUUGUAUCUUUACCACCAAACCUCUGUAGUAUCAGUGUCGAGUUAUUAAGACUAAAUAAAGUGAAAUGUCACAAUUUAUUUUCAAUUUAACGCUUAAUUCACGCCCAUCGUGGAGACAAGAGUCGACGUUUAUUACAAUGUAAUGCCGUAUAAUUUUUCAAGGAACAUUAUUUCGCGUUUUGCGGAAUUUAUAAUUUAUUGAUAAGGAAUAUUAGUUCUUGUUUUUAAUAUUUUUUGCGUUGUAAAUUGUUACUAUUAUAUAUUAUCUACGUCCUUUAAGUUGACGAAAUUAAAAUAUUUAAUGAAAUACAGGAAAGUGGAAAAUACUGCUGAGGUACUUUAUAUCGAUAAAUAUUUCAUUUAACCUUGGAAAAGUUAUCGACAAACUCAGAAAAAGUAAAGUAACUAGUUUUAUAAUCUGCAUUGAAAAGCAGUUUCAGAAAAUAUGCCCAAAAUUACUCAGUGGUUUGUAAACCUUUUGUGUUAUACUUAAAAAUACCUUCCAAUAAUCAUACAAUUCUUGCUUCAGCAUGCAUACUGUAAUAACAACUAUAACGAUAACUAAUACUUGAAUUGUUUUCUUUGCUAUAAUUAUAAAGUGUUGUUAUAUUAGAAUAUCUAAUAAUUUUUAAACGCAUCCCGUCCAUAUUGUAUAAAAUAAUGGCUGUAAUUUUUUUUUACUUAUAUUCGUUGCGCGUGGACUAAGGUUAAAGUUUCGCGUUUAACAUUGUGCAAUAACAGAAUUCAUGUUUUUUAGGUCUAACUAUUGAUACUACACGAGGUCCUGUAAUUGUUGCAAUGCAGCUUAUAUUAUUAAUUUUGUACUAGUUGAAGUAUAAAAUUAUUUUUUUACUUUGUACAGAAUGUUAUAAAUGUGAUAAAUAAUUUUUAACAUAAUUAGCGAUUGUGAUUUAGUAAAGUGUGUAGUUUAAUAUAAAAUAAAAAAAAAAUAUCGCUUACUAAAUAAAAUAAAUUCUACUACGCUCUACAGCGAUGUAUUUAUAACGUUGUUUUCUCACAAUUUUGUAUUCGGGUACUUAUAAUAUGCUGUUAUAUUAUCUACUAAUAAAGAAUAAGAUCAGCAUUUCAGGAAAUCGAGUGUUUCGGCCCAAUUUUAUAAGACCUUUGUAUCCCACCAAUGCUGUGAAUCAUUUGCUUCCUGAGAAAUAAACAACCAAUAUCUC